UGGUAUUAUAUAGGUCUUAGCCAAAACAUGUGAUAGUCACCGAAGGGGUAGCUGAAAAGUGAAGUGUGUGGCUCAAUUAAUCAGCUCCAGCAGACCUCGUGAGAACCAGAGGAAGCAUGCUCCUGGCGGCUUUGUGCUGCCUGCUGUGGAGUUUCCAGACCUCCGCUGGCCACUUCCCUCGAGCCUGUGCCUCCUCCAAGAACCUGAUGGAGAAGGAAUGCUGCCCGCCGUGGGAGGGUGACGGGAGUCCCUGUGGCCAGCUCUCAGGCAGGGGCUCCUGUCAGGACAUCAAUCUGUCCAAGGCACCACCUGGACCUCAGUUCCCCUUCACAGGGGUGGAUGACCGGGAAUCUUGGCCCUCUGUCUUUUAUAACAGGACCUGCCAGUGCUUUGACAACUUCAUGGGAUUCAACUGUGGAAAUUGCAAGUUUGGCUUCCGGGGACCCAACUGCAGAGAGAGGCGACUUUUGGUGAGAAGAAACAUCUUUGAUUUGAGUGUCCCAGAGAAGAACAAAUUUCUUGCCUACCUCACGUUAGCCAAACAUACCACCAGCCCAGACUACGUCAUCCCCACGGGCACCUAUGGCCAAAUGAAUAAUGGAUCAACACCCAUGUUCAGUGACAUCAACGUUUAUGACCUCUUUGUAUGGAUGCAUUAUUAUGUGUCAAGGGACACGCUGCUUGGGGGGUCUGAAAUCUGGAAAGACAUUGAUUUUGCUCAUGAAGCACCAGGCUUCCUGCCUUGGCAUAGACUCUUCUUGUUGCUGUGGGAACAGGAAAUCCAGAAGCUGACAGGGGAUGAGAACUUCACUAUUCCAUACUGGGACUGGCGAGAUGCAGACAAUUGUGAAAUUUGUACAGAUGAGUAUAUGGGAGGGCGCGACCCAGCAAACCCUAAUUUACUCAGCCCAGCAUCCUUCUUCUCCUCUUGGCAGAUCAUCUGCAGCCGGCUGGAGGAGUACAACCGCCGGCAGUCUCUGUGCGACGGCGCGUCCGAGGGGCCCUUACUGCGCAAUCCCGGGAACCACGACCGAGCGCGGACCCCGCGGCUCCCCUCCUCGGCUGACGUGGAGUUCUGCCUGAGUCUGACCCAGUAUGAUUCGGGCGCCAUGGAUAAAGCCGCCAAUUUCAGCUUUAGAAACACCCUGGAAGGAUUUGCUAGUCCACUUACUGGGAUAGCAGAUGCCUCUCAAAGCAGCAUGCACAAUGCCUUGCACAUCUUCAUGAAUGGAACGAUGUCCCAGGUGCAGGGAUCUGCCAACGAUCCCAUUUUCCUUCUUCAUCAUGCAUUUGUUGACAGUAUUUUUGAACAAUGGCUUCGAAGGCACCAUCCUCUUCAAGAAGUUUAUCCUGAAGCCAAUGCACCCAUUGGGCACAACCGGGAAUCCUACAUGGUUCCUUUUAUACCUCUCUACAGAAAUGGUGAUUUCUUUAUUUCAUCCAGAGAUCUGGGCUAUGACUAUAGCUACCUACAAGAUUCAGACCCGGACUUUUUUCAAAAUUACAUUAAGCCGUACUUAGAACAAGCAAGCCGGAUCUGGCCAUGGCUCGUCGGGGCAGCCCUGGUGGGGUCUGUCCUCACGGCUGUGCUGGGUGGGCUCACUCGCCGUUUAUGUCGUCGAAAGAGAAAGCAGCUUCCUGAAGAAAAGGAGCCACUCCUCAUGGAGAGAGGAUUACCACAGCCUGCUGUACCAGAGCCAUUUAUAGAAGCACCAGGCGAUGGAGUAGGGUCAAAAAGCCUGGCCUCGCUCUACCGCAAGUGAUGUUCAAGGCCCCAGGCGAGGUCCCAGCAGACAUCCUUGGCCUUCCUCUGGGAAGACCAUUCUCAGAAUUUUAAUCUAAUACAGAGUGUGCCCUUCCUCCAACUCAGGUAGAAGCCCCUGUGCUCGCUUUGCUAUAUUCUGAUCAUUCCCUGAACAGUUUCCCUCGAGCCCAUAUUUCCAGGGAAAGGGUGCCAUUUGGUAAUGAGCAGCUGCUAGCUGUAGCUGAAAAAACCAGAGUGAUUCCAGCUCUUUCCUGCCGUAGUUCUGACUGUACAUCUGAAGGUCACUGAAAACAGGGGCCCGUCCCUGCAGCAAGUUCCGCUAAGUGCCUGUCUCAAUAUGUGCUCGUUAAAUACGUUGACGGUGGUGAUAAUAAUCCUAUUAAGAAUUUGUUUUAAUCUCCUAGAAAACUGUAUCAGAGAAUGUUUAAAAUGCUACAAGACAUUUGAAGUGUAGAGAACAACUGUGUGAAUAUCAGCCUGUCUGUAGUUCUAGUAAAAUAACAUUUCUGUUUUUCCUGGCUGUUAAGACCUUAAAUUAGUAUGCCUAGAUAAUCUUGCUACUUGAAUUUUUAGGUCUAGUUGAAUUUCUAAAAAUAGUUGAAUUGAUAUUCCAUUUGUAUUAUGGCAACGUAGAGCAUUAAAAACUAGGACCAGGGGGUGGAAGUUAUAGGGGACCCAUUUUGGUGCAGUGAAAGGAAAAACUGUCCAAUACUCAGAGCUUUCCAACACUUGGACAUCCAUGGAAGAUAAUAAGUGGCUGCCACUGGAAUUCUUCACAUACAGGUUGGAUGGCUAAUUUGACUUACAUUCUAUAAAGAGAAUUUAAGUAUUCAGUCUAUAGUCAUACCUAUUUAAAUUGUCUCGGGGCUUGUAACAACGCCCCACUCAGAAGCAACGCCAAACGUGCUCUAUAAAAAGUUUCUCUGAGCCUGCCACAGUAUUUCAGUGUGUUUCACCAGAUUCCAAACUCCUCCCUCUCACCCAAACUCAACUGCUCUGUCCUGGUAUCCCCAGUCUCUUUAGUUCCUUUAUGUCUAGUUUGUAUUUAUCUGCUCAGCGUUUCCAAAUACAUACCUCUGUUUGACCGCCUGACUUCUACUUCUACCCUUCUCUCUAAACAAUGUCUUUUCACUCUCUCAUAAUGUCAAUGCUUUUAAGACAGGUUUGUUCAAUGCAAGCUCCCAGAAGCCUGCCUUAACUUACACAUCUCUGGGAUGAUAUUUAAGAGGAAAUCCACUGACCUGUAUGGUACACUUCAACUAAAAUAUCCAGUAAUUCCUAUAAGGCCUGGAGUGUAGUGUUCAGAUUGUUUAUGAAUGCAGCUAGAAAUGAUCCGCGUGAAAAAGUUUGAGCUCCUAAAAAUGCCUUUAUCUGGAAAAGACCUAAAAUCAAGACCACGUAAUCUUAAAUGAUUACAUUUUGCUUAGUCCCCGUUUGAAUUUCAAAGAAAAGUAAACAUCACCCUAUUGUAUGCAUUGGUCGAGUGAUUUUGGCUGUCAUCUGGGACAAAUGAGAAUUUGCAAUUCUUGCUGAAGUCAUGUCAUCAACUCUCAGAGAUUACUAAUAGCUAAUAAAUUCAGUUACAGGGCAACAUUCAUCUUUCAACCCCUUUUAGUGAUCAGACAUCAGUUGCUGGCUUAUCUAAUUUCUGAUCCUAGAGGGAAAAAGUCAGGCAAGGGAUGGGGAGCAACAUGUUCAUUGACACAGAGGAGGUCUGUGGAAUCAGAGGGCAAAUACUAGGGAUUAUAUCCUCCACUUGGUACAUAACCAGAAAUACAAGAUUUAAAAUAAUUUAGCAAUGGCAUUUGAGGACUGGAUUCAAUUUAGUUGGGAGUAGACUAGUAAAACUGAGAGCAAGGAGUGGGAAAAGAAAUUUGGAUAAGUCUGAAAAGGAUUCUGGAGAAGCAGUAACGGUGAUUGUGGUUGCCUUUAAUCUGAUCUCAGAAUGUAAACAGUUACUUAGGGUUUUUUUUUUUUCUUGUUUGAAGUUACAGUUUCAGUCCAGAUGGCAUUUAUUUUAUUUUAUUUUUUAUUGAAAUGUAGUUGCUUUACUAUGUUAGU